GUUUCAAUGGUUUCUUAGGGGUUUCUUUAGUUUCAUCAAUGUUUUUCUAAAGCGCGAAGUCCUUGCAGUAUUGUGCCUAUAGCUCGCAUUUGUUGCUUUUGUGAAGUAUUAGAACGCUAAAGUAAUACACAAUGCUUGAGCCGCUACUUUGCGCGCUAGACAAGAAGAGAAUCGUUCUUGCCAGUGCAUCACCACGACGAAAAGAGAUACUCAACAUGCUGGGCUUUCGUUACGAUGUCGUGGCUUCCAGCUUCGAGGAGAAUCUCGACAAGGAUGCAUUUACCACUCCGGCCGAAUAUUGCGUGCGAACGGCUGAAGGCAAAGCAAGAGAUGUCGCCAGAGUCCUUCAAGAGAAGAAUGAGGCAGUCGAUUUGGUGAUUGGUGCUGACACAAUUGUUGUGAAAGGCAACAGUCUGUACGAGAAGCCCAAGGACAGCAGUGAUGCAGAACGCAUGCUGAAUGAGCUCAGCGGAGCAGGGCACUUUGUCCAAACAGGUGUGGCACUUAUUUAUCGGUGCAAAGAUGAUUUCAGAUGUAUGACCUUUCAUGAAACAACGGAGGUUUUCAUGGCUCCUAUGUCACAGGAAAUUAUCAAAGCAUAUGUACAUACGGGAGAGCCACUUGAUAAAGCUGGAGCCUACGCAAUCCAAGGGAAAGGAGGAAGCCUGGUGGAGAAGAUUGUCGGCGAUUUCUACAAUGUUAUGGGCUUCCCUCUACACAGGUUCUGCAAGGAGCUCGGGGACCUUUAUGCAAGACUUGGAAAUGUAAAAUAAAAUGAUGGCAUUU